AUGCAAAACAAGGAUACGGGAGUAGCGAAGGACACAGUUAAAAAGCGUUUACAUAGAAGGAAUAGUGCACCGUCAGCUAUACACAUAAUAUCUCAACUGGACAGAAAAUGGUCCUUCCUAUGGAACACUAUUGAUAGACGCAAGAGUGUUGAAGGGAAAGAAGAUAGGAGUGAAGCGGAACGUGAGGAUGAACAGGAAGAUGAUUAUGAAUUAGAGCAAUUGCUAAACAUGGUAAGGAUACCCAUGUUUUUGGAGAAAUUCAUGCUCUUUGCACUUUUGACAAGUUUGGACUGUUUCUUGUAUUACUUUACAGUGUUACCGAUAAGAUUGAUUAAGGGGUACGUAAAGCAGUUUAAGAAGUAUCGUCAACAUUACCGCUUGCAACAGAGAUCUGGACACAUACCAAACGUACCAUUUAGAUACGAGAUAACCUCAAGGGAAUAUAAAGAAAGGUGUAUGAUUUUCAUCAUAGCAAUUUCGUCUAUUUUGUUGAGCAAAUUGGAUACCUCAAAACUGUACCACAGGAUAAAGCGACAGAGUACGAUGAAACUGUAUAUGCUUUUCAGUGUGCUGGAAAUGGCAGACAAAAUGUUGGCAAGCUUAGGUCAAAGCCUGCUAACCGUUAUGCUUUCCAAAAAAAGUUCUACACGCAUACUGCCGCAUAAAUGCUUAUUGUUGUCAAUAUGCUUGGCAUAUGUUACAAUACAUGGUUAUGUAUUGGUUUACCAAGCGAUCUCAAUAAACAUAGCCGUAAAUUCAUAUUCCAAUGCUUUGUUAACUUUGUUACUAUCUAUGCAAUUCGCAGAGAUUAAAUCAUCUGUAUUGAAAAAAUUUGAUAAAGAAGGGUUUUUCCAAAUUACUAUUGCAGACGUGGUGGAGAGAUUUAAACUAACACUGUUAUUGUCAAUAAUUGGUGUGAGAAACCUUCGAUCAUGGACAUCUUCACUAUCAAGUACAAGUAUCAAUUUAUGGAGUCUACGGUCACCAGUAACAGUAGUCAUCAACAUCCUCUGCGGGCCAAUGGUUAGCGUCGUUGGAAGUGAAGUAAUAGUGGAUUGGGCCAAGCACGCCUACAUCACGAAGUUCAAUCGGAUCCGUCCACAGAUAUACGAUAAGUUCUAUUACAUCAUAUACAAAGACUACUCCACAAGAACGCACAAGCUAGAAGAUAGAUUAGGAUUGUCUUUACCUGCGUUUGUUGUACUAUUCAUUGUCAUGGUCAGGCCGACGCUUUUCAAAUCACCGGAGUCCUCUUACCUUCCAUUAUUAUUCAGGGUUUUCUUCAUAGGUGCAUCGGUGUUUUCGUUAGCCUUACUGACCAAAUUUGUGCUGGAUCUUAUCCUAAUCAAAUGGGGCAAACGCAUCGAGCAACAGUCCAAAUAUCAAAAUCUCAACACAGCGGUCACAGAAAAUGAAUACGUCCCGGGGCUACUCUCGGGUGGCAUGGGCAAGAUCGACAUCGCUACAAGAAUUACAUUGCAUUCAGAACACAACAAAGAAAAUCAACUAGGGACCCCGCCAACGUCUCCAAUACGGAAAAAGGAAAAUAUUUUGCCUGGCCUACGUACUCCUCCCAGUAUCAAUGACAUUAGAAGACAAAAGGACUCCAAAAGCCCACGGUCACUCGAGAAUGUCGCUCGUUAUAAGAUGGUUUCUAAAAGAAUAUGGUAG